AUGUGCGACGCGCGCCCAUCGGACAGGAGGCAGUAUCUUUUGUCAUCCUUGAACCAAGAUAGACCCGUCAAAGAUCGAAGCGGACGGAGAAGCCGAAGCCGGAGCAGCAGUCGGAGCAGAGACGACCGAAGCAGUCACCGACGCCGCCGCCGGUCCACCGUUACUCGAGACGCAUCUCCGACGCGUGGUGAACCCGAUGGCAAGCAUGCGGACACGCUGCAGCCGAGGCCUACCCGACUAAAGCUCAAGAAAGACGGACAGCGUCGGCGGCAUCGCCACCGUUCCUCCGACCCCGACGCGGUUCGCGAAGAUGCCCAAGUCGAAGGUGACGUGCGUGACAGCCACCGUCGUCACCGACACGGCCGCCGCCGCCGACGCAGAUCGCCGACGCCUACCAACAUACACGAAGCCGCACCCCUAGACCCGGAUGCCGCCUUUCGGGAAUCACUCUUCGACGCCAUGGCCGACGACGAUGCGGCCAUGUACUGGGAGCACGUCUACGGCCAGCCGAUCCACGUCUACGCCAAGGACAAGGUUGGGCCGCAGGGUGAGCUGGAGCGCAUGACGGACGAGGAGUACUCGGCGUACGUGCGCCAGAAGAUGUUUGAAAAGACUCACGCCGGCCUGCUGGAGGAGAAGGCGCGACGGGAGGAGGCUCGGAGCCGACGAGAGAAAGAAUCGCACGAGAGGCGCAAGGCGCAGGAGGAGUGCGAGAGAAGGGACGGCGCGAUCCGAGAGGAAAUGGAGCGUAGCCUGCGUCGCGGACAGCAACGCAGGGAGCGCAAGGCCUGGGCCGAGUUGUGGGACAAGUACACGUCGGCUUGGGCCGGGUGGGACGGCUCGCCUCCGAAUCUCCCGUGGCCAAACAAGAGCGGCCGCAUGGGCAUUGACGAGCAGCACGUCCGCACCUUUUUCACCCAGGGCCUGAACCUCGCCGAGGUGGGCGAGGGCGCAUUCGAGGCCAAGCUCAAGGAGGAGCGGGUGCGGUGGCACCCCGACAAGAUUCAGCAACGGCUGGGCGGGCAAGUGGACGACGACAUCAUGAGAGACGUGACGGCCAUAUUCCAGAUCAUUGACCGACUGUGGCGAGAGUUGCGGGCGGACAAAGGAUGA